CGACAAAAAUCAUUCCUUCGCCGUUCGAUCGCCGGCGAAGAGCCACACCGUGUAAAUAUUGUCCGACAGUAAUAAUAAUACAUUGCUAUACGUGCUAAUAAUAUAUUGUUAUCCCGUCAUGAAUGUUUUCUAUUGGGGCCGACGACGGUCUAACACCUCAGCUUAAGCGUUCACAAUAAUAAUAUUAUCCUAUCGCGCUACGAGAAAUCGUUUUUUUUUUUUUUUUACUUUGAAAAAUUUGUUUUUUAACGGCGUUUGAUGUCUGCUAUAAAAGAGACCAUCAUAUUGUACGAUAUUACUGAAUAGACACAAGGUAUUGAGACUGCGGUGCAACCGGCGGAAACGCGUGGUGUGUAAUAUGAUAAAUGGAGGACGGAUCUCAUUCUACUUUCAAACUAAACAUAAUCUCCCAAUCAAGAAAUGAAAACUGCCGAAGGCCAUUGAUUCUGUUUUCCUUCAUAACGGCAACGGUUAGAGAUGGUUCCCAAGUUACAGAAAAACGUCUACAAGACGUUUCCGAAGUAUUAAAAGACAAUUUGACAAAAGGGACUGCGUUGAAAUGCAAGGAAAAAAAUGUUGUCUAUCCAAUCAUUCAUUUUACUGAGGAUCGAAAUUCGUUAAUGUCGGUGCUACAAGAUCAAAACGAAGUAAAUGAGCAUUUUAAAUUACAUCAAGGUGUUUAUCGAGAAAUCAAAAGUAUUGAGUGUGAAGAUGGAAACGGGCCGUUCGUAACGACUUCAACCAGCAUCUCUUACAUAGUAUCCGGAUUCAAACUUCUCGACACUAGUUUAGUGGAGGUAAUGAUUGAAUCCUGGAAGGAUUGGACAGGCGCWAGGCAUAUAUAUCUUCACAUUCCAUACGACCUGGGACUUCAAAGGAUUUCGCUUUUAAAAAAAGUGGCUCCUAAUUCUUUGAACUCUUUUACAUACGUCGUACUCGCCGAGUGUCUAAAUGUGAACACGGAAGAAAAAAAGAUGUUACUGUUGGAUUUUGUUCAAAGAAUGAGAAUAGAAAAAUUUCUAUCSGGUUACCUAUCUGUUUACGAGCUUCAUAAAACUUAAUCAACGUCAAUACUUUAAUAUAACUGCACAAAUAUACAAAACGCUUAUUUGAUACUCGCAUGAACACGCCGUAUAACUUUUUAGUGUUAAUUGUUGUUUUAAAUUAAGUURAUGUUAUUUUUGAUGUUUUUUAAAAUGUUUGUUGAUUUUARUAUUUUUUUUUCUACAGUUAGUAGUUUAAUUUUCUUAAUUUUAUUUACUCAUAACAAGAAUGACUAAACAAAUAAACUGUUUUAUUUUA